AAUGACAAUUGACUUGUUAAAAAGUAAACGUUUUUGUCAUACUUUUUUACCGUAUCCGAAAAAAAUAAAAUGUUUGCAAAAUAAUUGCGAGUAUAUGCAUUUCUAUCGUUCGUUUUAAUAAUGAAUCAACGUAACUUGUAUACUUAAAAUAACCAGUUAAUACUGUAGGAAGCGCUUUCGUACUGAAAAUGGACAUGGAAGAACAAGCGAAUAUGUCUAGCGAAUCCGCUCCAAUAGUGGAGAAUGUAGGAGCGGACACCGUGGUCCAUAAUAGGAGACAUUUGGAAGAACAAUUUAAUAUGCAGAGAGCAAAAAUGAAAGAGCUGUUUUUACAAAAAGAAGAUGAUCUAAGGAAGCUUCGUUUGGAGAAGGAGCAGCUUGACUCGGAAGUCUUAGGCCUGAGAGCUGAACUCCAGCAACUUCAGACUUUCACUGAGAACCAAAAAUCAGAGAUACAGAGCUUGCAGAUGUUAGUUAGUGAAACAAUUGAAGUGUCAUCGUCGGGCACUGAGGAGAUCCGACGUCUCAAAGCUAAGAACUCGGAGCUUGAACAGCAGGUACAACAACUUCGCACACAACAACAGGAGGUGUCUUUGGCUCCGGCUACUUUUGUGCGGUCUCUCGCGCGUAAACUCGGCGCCGACACGGAACUCGACCAGCCAGUUAAGAAGAAUGUAGAGGAUGGAGAGCUGCUGCAAGCCAUCAUUCAGCCCAUGGAGAUGGAGAUCGUCGCUCUGAAGAAUAAGUUGAGAGACACGGAUACACGUCUACAGGAGGCUAUGAAAUCGGCUCCGAGUUCAGGAAAUACAGGAAGCAGUUCCGGCGAUGGCAAAACAGAUCCAGAAGGCGGAAAGAGUCAGGCGUCGUGUGAUAUGUGUGCCAAUUACGAGAGGCAGUUGGUCGCGGAACAGAGUCGAGCCGAUGCCGCUCGAGAGAGGGCUACUCGAGCCGAGAGCGCCCUGAAACUGGCGACGGAAGAGUUGGAAGGCGUCCGGUCGAUCCACGACGAGACCGUCCGCAACUGGCAGGCGGAGCGCGCAGACAGCUCGGCCCGAAUCGAUGUUCUGAGCCAGACCUUGGCCGAGAGCCACGAUCUGGUCACCGAGCGCUGCGCCGCCGCCGAAGACGCCUCUCGAAGGGCCUUGGAACAGGUCACCACGCUCACGGUGGACCGGGAGACGCUGCAGAAGAAAUUAGAUAGCUUAGAGAGAGACAACGCUAUGUUGAUAGGACAGUAUGCGAAGAAGGCAGUCGAGAUGCAAAACGAAAUCAUUAAUCUUCCCGACAACGUUAUAGAAUUACAAGAGCAAUGCCUUCAACUGCGCGAGCAGCUCAUUUUCUGUCAGCUCGGCCGGGAAGAGGGAGCCGCCAGCGAGCAAGAACUCCGGAACCAGCUCUUGUCCCACGGAGCCCUGCUGCAUCAGCAGGAGGCCGCUCUGGCCUCCACCAACGCCGAGCUGAGGGGGUGCAGAGACGAGCUGGACAGGCUUCAGACUGAGCGGGAACAGAUGAACGAACUCGCGAACAAGCUGAGGCACUCCACGGAUAUGAUUGAGAAACUUCUAGAAGAUAAGAAACGUCUGCAAGGUGAGGUGUCGGAGACCAGAAAUCGCGUUUCCGUCCUGCAACAAGAGCUGGACAACAGCGAGAAGGUGCAACAGGACUUCGUCAGACUCUCGCAGUCUCUGCAGGUGCAGCUCCAGCGCAUACGAGAAGCGGACACGGAGGUGCGGUGGCAGUUCGACGAGGACGUCGCCGAGUGCCCUUCCUGCCACACGGCUUUGCCCAACAGCAGGAAAAAGAUCCACUGCAUGCACUGCGGCCGGAUAUUCUGCGCUCCGUGCGUGAACCACUCCGUCCCCAGCGGGCCGAGGGGCGCCCCGGCUCGGGUCUGCUCGGUCUGCAGCACUCUCCUGCAGCCCCACACCGCGCCCUACUUCAGCACCAAACCCCCGAACUCGCCGGACUAACGACCCUCGGCUGCCAAUUAACUAUAUAUAGUCGAGACCUGGAACGCCAAAGUACGGACGCGUCGACGUACAUAUACAAAAUAUAGAAAUGUUUUUCAUCACAAUUAGUGAUCUCUCAUUAUCGAUAUCUAUUGAACGAACUAAACGGUGAGCGUCCACUGUGGUGCUGUGAAUUAGAGCCUUAUUGUUAUUUAGUAUCUACGAGUUACGUCGGACAGACCGCGUGAACGGCGUAGCGCCGCAGAUUUCGUUGUUGUCGUCCAACAAAUUCAACAUAACCCGGCAAAUACGAAGAUAAGAUAUGAAAAAGUUUUUUCCUUGUAAGUAGUUUCACAAUCUCUAAAAACUUUAUGCGAGUAAAAUUAGAAUUCGGCGGACGACCGGUUCGUCAAAAAUAUGAUGUAAAUAGUAUUGUACGUAGAUAGAAUGAAUUUAAUCUAAAAACGGUAAAUUUAUAUUGUAAUUUGUUGACCAAUGUUCGAGUGAUAAGCCAAAACUAAUCGACGUUUACUUCCUUUUAAAUCUUUCUUUGCAAUAAUGUUUUUAUGUUAACGUUACUAUGAAUGUGCAAUACUUACGUUGAGAACUAAAUCUAAGAAACCGAGCAAAAAUAGCAAAGGAUUCAGUACUUUUAUAAAAUAAGAAUACAAAACAAUUUGUGCCCUUUCCCCACAAUUUUCACUAAAGCAUAAAAAGCUAUGAUUUAUUUAAUUAUAUUAAGGGUCUGUUUCACAAAGUAUGGAUAAAGUAACAAAUAGCUAUGCAACACAAAUUAUUUCGAAGAUAAAUUGUGCUAUUCGAGUAGAACUUAUCCGUACAUUGUGAAACAGACCCUAAAUAUGAUUGAAAAUGUCAUUUUAUAAAUGACAUCUUGUCACUAACUUUAAAAAUGUGUAUGAACACUCAAUUUGAUGAUUUUUUCAAUACACAAUUUAAAUGUGUCGACAAUUACUUUUGGAAGGUUUCUAAGAUUUAAUUCCCAUCCUAAGGUGUAAUGUAUGAUAGCUUCCGUAGACAUAACCGGUGACAUUUUUCAUUAAAGUGCCAAUUUUCUGUCUGAAUUCAAAUCGGUAUAAAGUUGAGUUGAGAAAAAUGUUAAUAGUCAAAUAUUGUAAGUUUUAUUGUAAAUAAAAAGAUCUAUACUA